AUGGCCAAAUCAUUACCUGUAGUAGCCCAGGAAGAUGUGGAUAGCUUUACCUUGACCAGGACAGGCUCAGGCUUUGCACUCAAAGCCUUUCAUAUUUCUUGGAACACUCACAUCUCUGUGAAGCUGCUGACCAGCCAGGACACUACAGGGAGGGAGUGGAAGUUGCUACUUCAGGAUAUAGCAAGUGUCAGACGCUAUGAGUCUGAACGUCUCCUGCCUUCUCUUGGGAUUUACCAGUACCAUGGACUUGUGGGUAUAGUGACUGAAUGGAUGAACAAUGGAUCCCUCCACUCGCUCAUCCAUGAGCGUCAGCUGUACCCAGAACUUCCAUUUCCCUUACUCAUAAGGAUCCUGUCAGAUGUGGCUGAAGGGCUGCAUCACCUUCACAGCCUCAAACCAGCUUUCUGCCACUGCAGCCUGAAACCUUCCAAUGUGCUUUUGGAUACGCAGUACAGAGCCAAGAUAUCGGAUUAUGGUCUAAUCAACUGGAGGAGUCAGCAACUGAGGUCAGACCUGCAGAACUGCAAUCGGAGAAACUGCCAGUAUUUAGUGUAUCUCCCUCCUGAAAUACUUGAAGGAGGCCUUCCUUCCCAGGAAGGUGAUAUUUACAGUUUUGGAAUGCUGUGUUGGGAAAGCCUAAGCAGACAGAAACCUUUUGAAGGUCAAACAACCCUGCUGGAAGUUUUGACAGGAAUCUGCAGCAGUUUGCGGCCUGGCAUUUCAGAAAAGUUUAUACCAAGCAAUUUGCCUGAGAGGAAUAGACUGUUGCACCUUAUCACUCUGUGCUGGCAUCAGGAACCAGAUUAUAGACCAUGUACUCCAGAAUGUGUAGACCUUCUAAAUGGAAUUUUGACAAGUAUAAAUAAGGAGGCAAUUUCCACUGCAAUCUACAAUCUGAUGGAUGCAAAGGAGAUGGCACUUAAUGCAUGCAAAGGUUCAGAAAUACACACAUUGCAGAUGGGCACAUGCAAUUCAGAGGUCAUCUGUCCACAAAAAACCAACCACUUAAUCAGCAAGAAAAUUCCUUUUGUAGUGCAAAGCUUGUCAACUAUUCUACUUGAUAGCAGUGCAAAAAAUGCAGGAAGAGAAAAUAUUCUUGAGACGGGUCUGGCAAAUACUAUGCCACAGAACGCAACAACAAAGAAAGAUCACCCAGGCUCUGACAGCAGAAAACCAAAUUCCUUUUGCAUGAUUCCUUUAUCUGGUUCAACCACAGGUAAAGACAGCAGACAGCAUAAUGACCCACCACUGGCUCUUAAGCACAGACCACAACCUAGGCAUCUUGAACGAGCAGUGACAGAUCCUAGCUGCAAAGGAAACUGCUGCCAAAUACUAGCCUGCCAGAGACAGACCAUACUGAGCUGCAUGACAGAAGGACGCCUCAACCAUAUCCUCGAUGUCCUUCGCUCACAGCAAAUGUUGUCCCGAAUGGAUUAUGAAACAAUUACCUCUUAUCCCACAGUGACUGGGCGUGCUCGGGCAUUGUUGGACACUUGCCUUUGCCUUGGAGAGAGGGCAGCACAAGUUGUAGUGACUGUACUUCCAGUGACCAAAUUAGUCCUCUGGGACAAGGCAGCCACUGCCCAGACUAUCCUUCUAAGGUAA